UAAAAAUUAAAAGAUCCAUCAUGGCCAAAAACUGCGAUGUGUUCUUCUUGUGGGUCUGGCAGUGCUAAAACCGGACACAGAUCGAAUUGCUGCGCGUCGGUAAUAGCUAACGAGCGCGCCAGCCUGCUGCGGUACGCUGCUGCGCGCUUGAGCUGUGAAACCGCAGCAUUUGUAAGUUCUAAACACUGGCUGUGCAGAACAACUGCGCAUAGUGGUGCGACGCGAGAGCAAAAUGUGCGGGAACCUAGGCCUCUUGCUCGGCGAGGACUGCGCCUUCAGCGCGGAAGACGCCGCCGAGGCGAUGACGCGCGUGGUAGCCAUGCGCGGUGCCCAGUCUUACGGCUUCUGGCGCGCGACGCCGUCUCAACUAAGCGUGCACCGCGCGGUGCUAAGGAAGAGGGCCGACCUCGCAACAACACUAAGAAGCGCUCUGGCAAGGAAAGGCCGGUGUCAAAAGGACCAGCGGCCGUUAGUAGUGGGUGCCCACCUGCGCUUCGCCACCUCAUCAAGAAGCUUCGCCAAGGAGGCGCACCCCCACAGUUGGCUCGGACCCGUCCGGACGGAGGUCAAUGGGAUCAAGACGACGCGCAUCGUGUUAUGUACGCACAAUGGCGACUUCGAAGCGUUAGACAUCGGGAAGCUGUUCGGGGGCGACUCGAGACCCAUGGCCCUCGACGAGCUGCGGAGGUGGCUUUCGGUACGACUCGGGCGGCCGGCGCCCUGCGCGGCGGACUCGUGUGCGUUAGCGGGUUGUUUGGAUUUGUUGUUUGCGGCGGGCGAUGCGACGAGCGCCGCUCGCUUAGCGUUGGCUCGGUUAGAUGAUAUUCGGGCCGGCGACGCGACGCUCCGAAGCACUUUGAUAGAUGGCCUCAAGGCUGGAUUAGAUGCAGACGCGCUGACGAAAUUACUGAAAGAGCGCUACCCGUCAAAUAUGGCGCCGCUAUCAGCACCGGACGCGCAGCGUAUUGCAAAGGACGCGCUCGCGGAGUUUCAGAAAGGCGACCUGCGGACGGCGGUCGUCCGCGUGCUCAAGAACGCGCACGGCGCUUUUGGGGUCGCGGCGCACGCGUCGGCGGCGCCCGGCGCCGUCGUGCUCGGGAGCGUGAAGCAGCCCAUGAUUGUGGGGAUAGGGCGGGGCUUCGUCGCGUACGCCUCUGAACGGGCCGCGUUACACGUCGGCUGCGUCGGGAGCCACCUGGAAGCAAGGUACGUCCUCCGCGAGGGCGACGUCAUCUCCGUCGUCAGUGGCACCGGGGACCACUGCGGCGCCGUCUUACAACGGGCCACGCUCGCCGACGGUUCCUUCUCGACAUUAGAAGACUUUGACGGGGUCUCGGAGCUCAUGGCGAGGCCUGUAUCUCCUUCACAAUUCGGCGGCGACGUCGUCGGCAAAGAUCUAGCCGAUUUGCCGGCCGUAUUACGAGCGAUCACGCGUUCCUUCGAGGACGGCCCGAACAAGAUGACGGCAUCGGCCUUCUCCUCGAAAUUGUUCGAUGCGCAGCGGCGUGCGUCAUCGCAUUUAGAUCUCGUCAUCAUUGGCGUCGAGUGCUCGCUCUGGGUCGCCGAGCAGUGGGCCGUGAAUUUACGGGCGGCGUGCCCCUCACUUAGAGUGGUCGUGGCCUCCUCCAAUAAGGCCCUGGCGGCGCUCACCGCGUGCCACAACGCCAUCACCUGCAACGGCGCGACGCCGUCGGAGACGGUCUUCCCGCCCGGCCUCAAAGCGUCCCAGGCGUGCCGGCACGCGCUGGCUUUAGCCGUGAGCCACAGCGGCCAGUCGUUCCCUACGUUACAUGCGGCGCGGGCUUUGAAAGCUGCCGGCGCGGACGUCUUCUGCGUGGCCGGCCAGCUCGACGUCGUGAUUGCGGACGACGUUAUUGGCCAGCAGUUCGCGCCCGGUAGUCCUGUGACGGACCGCGUCUUCUCCACAAAUGCCGGGAUACGAUUGGCCGAGGCGGCGUCGUUGACGACGGCGGCGACGCACCAUUUACUGACUGAAUUGUUAGUGCGCGUCGCGCGCGCGGCGCCAGCCCGGGACGUCGCGCUGUCGCGCCACGACUUGGACGAAUUGGCGACGCUGGCGCGCACGUCCGUCGAGCGGGAUUUGCCCAAGUUGUGCGGCGGCGCCCACGACGCGGCAGUCGUGGGGAGGGCGUGGGGCGACCACGCCGUCGAGCCCUUGAUCGCCUUUACCGCGGCGUUGAUAUAUAUUCUGGUGACCGUGACGGCCGGUUUACCGAUCGCCCACGCCAUCGCCCAAGCCUGCGGCCUUUCGAAAGGAUCGCCGUGGAACUACGUCAUACUGUUCGCGGACGCUCUCUUAUAUACCUUCUUCACGGUCGUCUUCUCGUUACUCUUGAGAUUAAUACAAGGCAGAACAUUACUCGCGCGCUUCGGCAAGCGCACUUGCUUAGUACUAGACGUGCCCAUGGUGCACCAGUGCGCCGUGGCCUUCGCCCAGAAGCUGUUUGGACUGUCGUAUGGCCUGAACGGCUGCGAGUUCGCGGGGGGCAAUCCUGGUGAUCAUGCGGUCCACAAGUGCUUGCAUCGCAUCGUCCGAGGCACGCUCGUGGCCGUCGGCGUCCCGGACGGGCGGCUCAAAGCGUUGGUGGACGUCGAGUGCGCCACGUUCCUUACCGCUCUACAACUAAAAUCCCUGUCGAACUGGGGCGUCGGCGCGGAAGUGUGUACUGUCGGUCAUCACUCUUACACUCCCGACGUCGUAGAUCGGGCCGUGAUUUUUGAUUUUGACCGGCCGAAGUUUCUCAGCGAGGUGCGGCACAACAUGGGGUCGACGGUCGAGCCGGUGGCGCGGCGCAUGUUGUACCUGGCCGAGCCGACGCCGAGUCCGCCGAACGUCCGCGGCAGGGUCGUCGGCGCCGUGUCGCACGGCUCCGAGCAGGACCUGGCCGGCGCGCUGGCGUCGCACGCGGUCGUCGAGGCGUUGUAUGAAGGGAGAGUGGCUUCUCUCGAACGGCUGGUCGCGUUCUACGUGCUCUUCCACGCCAUGGCCGAGCGCGUCUCGCGCGUCUCGCGCUUCUUCUUCUAUCUGCGCUUCGACACCUGGCGGUCGCAAGCCGGCACGCGCGUCGCCACGACGCCCUCGCCCACGUCUCCUGCCGCCGCCGUCAGCGUGGCGACGGGCCUCAUGGACGACGUCCGCCGCGUCGAGUCGUCCGCCGCCUUCCGCGACUCGAUGCAUCGCUCGCGCUACGGCGGCUCCGUGCUCGACUUCAGCGGCCGCGGCAACCGCACGGCUCGCGACGUCAUGGACCGGUCGUGGCGUCCCGGUCUCAUGGACAUGUCGCACCGGUCGCUGACGCUCAACGACGUGUCGGCCUACUCGAACCUGGGCCUGGACUUGAGCUCCUCGGGGCCCUCGGGCUACCGCUUCCGGCUCCCGCAAAGCUCCUCGGACCCGUCGCCGCCGCACCUCGCAGCGCAGCCGUCCGUCGUCCACGAGGACGGCUCACACCACACGCAGGACUCCAAGGAGUCGCCGGAAGAGCUUCGCCCGGCGCACGCGGCGUAGGUCUUCCCCCCUGUAUGCAUGUAACAUAUCCCGUUGACGGUG